AUGACUUCUUCAGCCUCCACGUCACGUAUCCUGAUCAUCUCCGACACCCACGGCACCAACCCCAUCAACUCACCUCUGCCACCCGUCGACUUGAUCAUCCACUGCGGCGACCUAACCCAGGAAUCGAAACUCUGCGAGUACAACCAAGCAAUCUCUCUCCUCAAAUCCCUCGACGCACCCGUCAAACUCGUGAUCGCCGGUAACCACGACUUCACCCUCGACACACCCAUCUAUGCACAAAAGCUGAUCGAAGCUGGCCUGCAGCCACCUUCACAAGAUCAAGUCGUGAAGAAAACCUACGGCGACUUUGGCGAAGCAAGAGCAUUGCUGGCUGCACGGCGUGACGAUGGGAUUUUCUUUCUCGACAAAGGAACCCACGAGAUUGCACUCGCCAACGGUGUGACGCUAAAGGUCUUCGCAAGUCCUUGUACACCCUCCAAAGCCGGCGGUUGGGCCUUCACCUACGAUCCUGCUGAGCAGCACCACUGGAGCAUAAGCAAGGAUAUCGAUAUCGCCAUCACCCAUGGCCCUCCGCAGGGGAUUCUAGACCGCACUGACGAGGCAAAACGAGCAGGGUGUCCAGAUUUGUUUGCUGCGAUAGCGACAGUGCGGCCGCGUAUACAUUGCUUUGGCCACAUCCACGAAGCCUGGGGUACAAAACAAGUCGUCUGGCGAGAUGACAGCGGGACUCCACCAUCGCAUUUCACAGCCAUCAACAAUGACGCUUCGAAACUUAUUGAAAGUCUAGGCACCUUACGACCUGGAAAAUUCGACUCUGCAGAGGAGAAGAGAAGGAAAGAAGAGAAAGUAGAAGAGCUCGUAAAAAAAGGGUAUUGCUAUACCAGGGCAGAGGCGCAAAAGGGAGUGCAAACGCUGUUUGUUAAUGCAGCUAUCGAGGGUGGAUCCGAGGAGACUCGGCGCUUGCCUUGGAUAGUAGAACUCGAUCUACCACUUUCCACUUGUGUCACAGAAUGA